ACCAAGUAAACUACUACUCCACCCAAUCUGAUUUAGAACUCUCGCUGUGUUUAUACCAAAAGGAGAAGAAAUGGAAGUACGACGAGGAAGUAGCAGAUGCAGUUAUUCGCUACUCCGUCACCCCACCAUUACUUCCACGCUCUUCCUCCCUCUCAGCCGUCUGAUCACUCCUCGAUCGGACGACGAUCACGAAUUCUGCGGUGAAAAUGUCGGUAAUGAUCACCACUACUCGAGGCCGAUCGUAGUGCUUGACGUAAUAUGGAACCUCGCGUUUGUGGCGGUAUCCGUGUUGGUGCUCCUGUCGUCUAUCAAAGAGAGACCCUCUACUCCGUUGAGGGUCUGGGUCUGUGGGUAUGCUUUUCAGUGCUUAUUGCAUCUGGGGUUCGUGUACUUUGAAUUUCGGAGUCGGAAUGAUCGCUGUGAUGACCGUGCUUGUUUGGGGGAACUGUCGCCUUCGCAGCGUCAAAGCAGCAUUGUGAAAUGGUUGGAGUCACUUAACACUGUGAUAUCAUCCGUCUGGUGGGUCAUUGGAUGUUAUUGGAUAGUAACGGGUGGCCAACCGCUUCUACAAGAUUCUCCCCGUCUCUACUGGUUAACAGUGGUAUUUCUAGCCUUUGACGUGUUCUUUAUAAUCUUUUGCAUUGGAAUGGCAUUAGCUGUUUUCUUUGCCAUCUUUUGCUGCAUUCCGCUUGUAGCUAUUGCCUAUGCUGUAGCAACUCGACAAGGUGCUUCUGAUGCUGAUAUCAGGACUCUAGCAAAGUAUAGAUACCGGCAAGCUGAUCAAUUUAGGAAAUUGGACAUUGAUGAGAAGCAAGAAGCUUUGGGGGCAAGGUUGGAGUUGGGCGAUGAUAGUUCUUCUAAUGAACUUGCUCUUCAUCCAGAUGAUUCUAAGUGCUGCAUUUGCCUCUCCCUAUACAUAGAUGGAGCAGAGCUGUAUUCUCUUCCCUGCAACCACCAUUUCCAUUGUGGAUGCAUCAGCAAAUGGCUUCGGAUAAAUGCAAUUUGCCCUCUCUGCAAACUCAAUAUUCGCAGGGGUGACACACUGGUUUGAUCCACUAUCCUACUGAUUUGAGAAUUUGACAUUGACACUCAUAGGCUCUAUAACUCUUUAGAGGAGGAUUCAGAAUAACAGCGCAGCCAAGUCAGCCAUUCUUCUUGCUGUUCUACUACUCGUUGGAGAAUUAUAUGAAAGGGAAGGUGACAAAGGGAGGAGUUUCCUGUGAUUUGACUCUGUAAAAGCUAUGACAUUCUGCUCUUUGUUAAUAGAAUUGGUUUCUUUCUCAACUUGAUUUUUGUAUAUUAAGUAAACCAUCCAUAGCCUGAACAUGGACUAGUUCCCAUGACAUCCAGAAAUGUCUGAAGCA